AUGGCGACUGCUUCAAAUGCAUCCGAGAUGGUAAUUAUAACAACGAAUGGGACUGUUUUGUAUCUAGUCGGGGCACAAGUGGAGUUUACCUGCAUGGAUAACCACUACUUCUUAGGCGGAAUCUGCACAUGCACUUCAUCCGGUACCUGGACAGGGGAGAGCACUCCCAUUGGAUUGAUGCGUUCUGGAGGGUGCGUCUCUGAUGGCGAUUGUGUGAUGGUGUCAUCAUCCGUAUGUACCAACGGUCUGUGUGUUUGUCCGAACGGAACCUACUUCGAUUCGGAACACGAGGCAUGCAUCACAGAUUGUCUGAAUUUGUACGAGACCGGCAGACAUUCAGAUGGAGUGUACGAGAUAAAGCCGGACGGCUCGACUCCAGUACAAGUUUACUGUGACAUGUCUAACGGCGGCUGGACUGUGUUCCAAAAACAGGCCCUCGGCGACGUAGAGUUUGUUACGGCCAGCUGGUCUCAGAUGGUGAAUGGACUGGGUAGUCCUGUGGGUGACCACUGGCUUGGUCUUUCCUAUAUCCACAUGUUGACCUGGACAGAUAGUCAGAUUCAUUUUGAUCUAGUGUUGUUGAAUAACUCACAAAUUUAUUUCCAAUACACAAAUUUCAGGGUUGGCAACUCUAGUACAUUGUUCGAAAUGUCUGUGACCGAAGAAUAUCUGUCAAAUGCGUAUUCUUACGCAGAUUAUGCUGGAUUUUAUGCGCAUAACUUGAUGAAGUUUACAACAGUCGACAGCGAUAACGACUUGUUCAACAUGGACCAUGAAAGAAUCUUAAAGGUACUGUUACUUUUAAUGGUAGGCAUAUUUGAAAAAGGCACAUGUUUCGAAUGUGACAAGGAUGCCACCAUUUGUGAGACAACUCUUGUCAUUCACCAUAAGUUGACAAUGAUGCAUGAAAUCCACCGAAAGGUGUAUCCACAUAAGGGAAAACUCUACAAGUAUGACGUCAGCAAUCCUGACCAAAGCUCUGAUGUUCCCAUGAGUGAGGUCAUUACGGCAGAUGGUUGGGAACAAGAGAGGCUUGUAACUGUAGUUAACUCAAGUCUUCCAGGUCCUCCUAUCAUUGUUUACGAGGGACAGAGGCUCAAAGUAAACGUCAUCAACGAAUUGCAGUCUGACACGGUUGCCAUCCAUUGGCAUGGUCUUCCACAACACAACAGUCCGUGGAUGGAUGGAGUGGCAUUUGUUUCCCAGUGUCCUAUACUUCCAGGACAGUCUUUUACGUACGAUUUCGUUGCAGAACCAAAGGGGACGUAUUGGUAUCACUCCCAUGUAGGAUCACAACGGACAAAGGGUCUCAAUGGCGCACUGAUCAUUCGAGAGAAAAAUCCAACACUGAACCUGCAAGAGCAUGUAAUUACAGUUCAGGGUUGGAAUCAUGACUGGGAUUCAGACAUGGAUCAUCAGAAAAUGGUGUAUGGAGUAUUUGAAAAUCGGACAUUGCUUGAAACUUCCAAAUCCUUGGAUGGUACUUUCUUCAGUCGGUUCAAACUAACAUCAGCUCUUAUCAACGGCAGAGGGAGGUACUACACUGAUAUGGAGGCAGACGUACAUAACAAUGCCCCACUCGAAGUUUUUCCGGUUACACACAUGAAUCAGUACAGGUUCAGAGUUAUAAAUGUCGGAGGUUUAUAUCCGUUUAGGGUUUCUGUUGAUAAUCACUACAUCACACUUCUUGCCUCGGAUGGAUACGACUUUCAGCCUGAACCAGCCGAGUCCUUCAUUAUAAGUCCGGGUGAACGAUACGAUUUCAUCCUAAAUGCAAAUCAGUCGAUUGGCAAUUACUGGAUCCGUGCCGAGUCAUUAGAAAGUAACAAUAUGCACAGAGCUUUGGCAAUUCUAAGAUACAACACAGCGGUUGUAAGUGAACCAACUUCGUCGAAACAACCAUGUACAGCGUCAUCUGAGUGCAUAGUUGUAAACUGUCCAUUUAGCUUUUACCCAGCGUCCGCAUUUACACGUUGUAUCCGUUUUGAUGAAUUGAAAUCUACAUCAAAUAAUGACCCUGCCCCUUCAUCUGAAGGCCAAGACGGGGAUUUUAGGGAGCAUUUUCUAAACUUUGCAUUUCCAGGAACAACUUUUACACCCGGCUCCGUGAACGGACGUAAGUUCAUUCUUCCACAGGUUUCAGCUUUAACUCAACCCCAAGAGAUUGAAACAAAUUGUGAAAAAUUUGACUGCGGAGAAGAAAGAAUUUGUGAAUGCAUGUAUUCCUUACCGAUAAAGCAUAAUGAUGUGGUUCAAUUUGUCUUCCUUAAUAUGGGAAAGGGAAGGGGAUGGGCUCAUCCUAUCCACUUGCAUGGUUACUCGUUCUAUGUUGUGAAAAUGGGAUUCGCCACAUAUAAUGAAACUACAGGCCAAUACAUUUCACAGAAUACAGACAUUGACUGUCGUGGUGCAGGAAAUCAGGACGAAAGUUUCUGUAAUGAUGCAACUUGGAGUGAUCCAAAUUGGUUAGGAGGUAAUAUACCGAAUAUCGAACUUGCUCACGCAACGCGUAAGGAUACGAUCAUAAUUCCAAGUGGUGGAUACGCAGUAGUCAGGAUUAAAGCUAAUAAUCCCGGAGUUUGGAUAAUGCACUGCCAUAUUGAGCUACACAGCACGGAUGGCAUGGCAAUGUUGAUAAACAACUCAUUCGGCAUACAUCCUACCCCUCCAACAGGUUUUCCAGACUGUCGCGGAUUUCCGUCGGCUUACAGAGAAAAUCAAGGAAUAACAGAGGUCACAACAACUGAGUCUGAUAAAGAUACAAUGCCGAGACGAAAUACUGAAGAUGAUGCCUAUACUAUGAAGACGUUCUGGGUAACUGUCACUGUCCUAGGACUUGUGAUGUUAUUAAUGAUUGCAUAUAUCCUUCAUCUCCGAAAUGAAGUUAAGAAACUUAAGGCUCAAUCACCGACCACGCAAUCUGCAGAGGCCUUGGAUGUAUCCGUCAUUAACCCCACCUUUAAAAACUAGACGAAAAAGUGUGGUGUUUGAAAAGCGGACCUGAAGACAGCUUAAUUAUUAAGAUCCAGUUAACAGAAAUUUCCCGGAGGAGAAAAACAUCCAAGAACCAAGAGAACAUUUUAAACCAAAGUCUGAUAAACACGUGCAUGAUAUAUAGCCCGUCUUAUAUGUCUCAUGAUGAAUCAAACAAAGAAGGGAUGCAACUCCUGAAGACAAUUUUCAAGAUCUUUGUAUUCAAGUCAAGUUGAAUCAUAUCAAAUUUGGAAACCUUAUUUCUGGCAUCGAGGUAUUGUUCUGCUUUGAUCAUGUGACUAUAAAUAAUAACACUGAGGCUGGAUAAGUGAUUAUCUCGAACAUUCUGGUGCGAUUUAUGGCCGUUCGAGUGUAAAGUGUCCCAUUAUAUUAACCGUGCGAGAAGUGUCUGGUAUUACGUAAUAUAUUCGUUACUUUCCAACUCUGUUUUGGUAAAUAACAGUUGCGGACAUGUUUCAACGAAAAUCCAAAAUAAUUGGUAUCUGUUUCGGUGCGGUAUGUUCAUAAUGACUUCAACCAAUGCUGAGUGAAAUUGAAGAAACAGACUGGACAUUUCGAUGUGAUAGACAUUAGUCUCUUUAUCAUGAGAUACAAAAUAACAUUUAAUUCUCCAUUUCUAUUGAACAAUGAUGUUUUUUACGAUUGGUUUCCAAAACUUGUUUAGUUUUGAGAAUCAUUCGUAUUUUAUUUAUGUCAACAUGUCUGUUGAUCCUGAAAGAAAACCUGUUUCUAAAGGACACCCAAAGAAUAGCCUAUUUAUACAAUCAACAACAUUCAUGGUUCACAGUGUCACAGUGGUACAGUUCCAUGAACACCUGGGUCAUCUUCUCCCGGGCUCAUAUUUAAACCCUACUUCAGGAAGGUUACCAAACGUAGGUAUUGUUCGUUACUAUCAUAGUGUCCGCUGGUCAUUAAAUUAUCAUACACACGUUGACCUCUCGUGCUGGAAAGGGCUUCAACAUCAAUUUGGACAUUAAAAUGUUGUAUUUAAGCACUAGAACCGAAACUGUAAAAACAUAAAAACAACAUUAAGUAUUUGACGGAACACUUCACGAAUCGAUCAGUGACUUCUACUGUAUCCCGUAUUUUGACACACAUGCUGUUCCAGUGAACGCUUUUUGAUCCUUAGUUUUUGUAUAUACUUGAGAUAUCUGAUUUUUAACUCCGUGAAAACAUUGAUCUCAACACUUGUAAGUGUUGGUCUUUCGUGUAUAUAAAUAGUAAUGAAGCACAUUUAUUUCUUAACGCAAAUGUAGAGUUUAUCAUUAGAUGUUUUUAUAUCCUAACAUGAUAAGCUAUCGUUAUAAUGGAUUGGUCUAUAUGUAAUAUAUAUAUCUAUAUAGAUGAAUUUUAUACAUUGCUAUUUUCCUUUUUUCAUUCAAACGAUUUUCUUAAAAUUGCUUUAA